AUGAAUGAAUUUACUACCGAACUAUUGACCAAAGAAUCCUUUGAAAGUGUAGAUACCAAGGUAACUACAAGUUCUAAUCAAACCCAAACUCGAAAAGCUCGUAAUGUAUCCACUUUUUAUCGCAAAAAAAGCAGUUCGUUCACUAUCUAUGUGAAAACAUUGACAUCAUUGACAACACUCACUGGCAAAACGAUUAGCUUGAAGGUUAAGCCUAAUGAUACCAUCGCUUCCUUAAAAGAAAAAAUUGAAACUGCAGAAGGGUACCCACACGAUCAACAACAUCUCAUGCUUUUUAAUCAACGAUUGGAGAAUAACAAAAGCAUUUCUGAUUAUGACCUACAAGCGAAAUCCGUCAUUUAUCUUGUCGUACGUAUUCCUGGAACCAUGCAAAUAUUCUUAAAAACGAUGAAGGGGAAGAAUAUCACUCUGGAUGUCCUUGCAACCCAAACAGUUGACGAUCUAAAACUGCAGAUAGAGCAUAAAGAGGGGAUCCCACCACACGAGCAACGUCUCAUUUUCGCUGGAAAGGAGCUGGCUAUCGCAAAGAAAACAUUAUCAGAGUACAACAUUUCAAAAGAGUCCACCGUACAUCUUGUGGUUCGUGUUGAUGGUGGUGAAUCUUUGUAA